AUGGCCGGCUUGUAUUUUGUGCUCUCAAGCUUUUUAAUAUUUUAUUCUAUUUUUGGAGUUAUUUUGGCUCAGAGGAGUCAUCUAAUUAAUUAUGAAGUUCUUAUUAUCGAAGAUGUUUAUGGAUUCGCAAAGGAUGGGCAAUGUUUGGACAGUUAUAAUUCAAUUUUGCAAAUUUGUCUGAGUGAUCGGCAAGUUAAACGAAUAUCGAAAUGUAAAUCGUCGCUGCUAAUCCCGAAGCCUAUGAAACAUAGUGUGGUUUCCUUGGCUUUUCCUACGAAGUUCGCUGUGAUGGAUGUAACAAUGUACAUGGCUAUUUCAUUUAACCUUGGAUUUGAUUUACCUUCAUCGUGUAAGCACAUGAAAAGCGACAAAGCAAACGACAUCUUGUGCUCGAUGUGCUUGACUGAUAAUAACUAUAAUAACAAAAUUAAAUAUUCAUGUGAUCAUUUAUUGCUGUCACAAGAACCUGCUUCUCUUAAUUUGUUGUCGCUAACCAAUUUAAAGCACUGCGGAGUGACCACGGGCUUAGCUGUAAGAUACAAUGGUAUCCAAGCUAGAUUUUAUAAGAUUUUCCUGGCAGUGGGAGCGGUUUUUGGCAGUGGGGAGUGGAGUUUUUCUAUCAGUAAUGUGUGUAGAUAUUAUUCGACGCUACGCAAGAUCAAGCGUUGCAGAUGUCCGUGUAGAUAUUAUGCUAAUACAUCUGCCUCUUUUCAUUGUAUAUUGGAGGGAGAACUUGUUUUUAAGCUUAACCCUGGGCCCACGAAUGUGGUAUCUUUGAAUGCCAAUAUGAACAGUUUACGCCGUAUUGGCACCAUUGUUUCGAGUCGUCCCGAUUAUGGGCUAAUUAAUUCAACAGCAUUACGCCCUCCCGUAUCUGACUUUGUUCGACGCUCGCAGCAGACAAAUCUAAUUAGUAUUGAUUGUUUGCCUCAAAUAUCUGCGAACUGUCACAAUAACUCUCUUAAAUUCUGUCUAGUCAACAGUCGCUCAGUCAGGAAUAAGACCGGAGAUAUCGCUGACUACAUCGUGCAUGAUUGCAAGCCCGAUAUUCUUGCAAUUACGGAAUCUUGGCUGGGCAGGGAUGAUGAUGCGGUACGAGCUGAGUUAUGUCCUGAAGGUUACGAAAUGGAUGAUCACGUGCGUGGCAUGCGUCGCGGUGGAGGAAUUGCCUUGUUGUAUCGAGAUUUUCUUGGUGUGACAAAAGUGGAUGCAGGGAACAAGAAAUCAUUUGAGUUUUCUGAGUGGCUGGUUAACUCAUCGUCUGCACAUCAACUACGUAUUCUUGUUGUCUACCGACCUCCUUAUUCAAGUGAACACAGGAUACCCGUGAGUGUGUUCUUGGCUGAGUUUUUUAGUCAUCUAGAACCGUUGUUACUGUGCAAGGAACCGCUAUUGAUUUGUGGCGAUUUUAACAUACACGUUGACUCCACUGAAGAUCCUGAUUCUGUUAAGUUUUGUGAUCUACUUGAAUCGGUUGGAUUGCGGCAGCAUGUGAAUCAAGCUACCCAUGUUAAUGACCACACCCUUGACUUAAUAAUAACACGUUUUUCGGAUGAUAUUAUGGAUGGCAGACCGGGCAUUGAUCGGUUUAUAUCGGACCAUGCCGCUGUUGUCUGUCAUCUUGCAGCUCCAACGUCAUUGAUAUCGUAUCGAAAAAUAACUUAUAGGAAGUUGAAGUCUGUGGACCGCGAUGUUCUCAGGGAGGAUCUGGCAGCUACAUCACUGUGUACCUCCCGUUAUUGUGAGACGGAAUAUCGGCGAGACGAGAACAGCAUUGACGCUUUGGCACGUGAAUACAACUUAACUCUCAAGAAAUUGACUGAUCGACAUGCUCCACUAAAAACAAAAGUGCUUCGGGCGAGACCAUCUGCUCCUUGGUACAAUGUGGAUAUUGACGCAGCUAAGAGACGACGUAGGAAGGCUGAAAGAGUGUGGCGGAAAAGCAAAUCACUGGCUGACUUUACUGAGUUUAAGUCUUCUAGAAAUCGUGUGACUUAUUUAAUAAACAAAGCAAAGAAAACAUAUUACACUGACUUCAUUUCGGACAACAGUGAAAAUCAAGGUAAGCUUUUCCGUGCGGCAAGUAAACUGUUAACCACCAAGAACGAAUUAAACUUCCCAAAUUAUACCAACAAUACUGCGCUCUGUAAUGAUAUUGGGGAGUUCUUCGUGCGAAAGGUCUCUAAGAUUCGCUCUGAUGUGGAUCGGCCUGUUCUUGAUGAAGAAUCAUGUGCUCCUGUACCCAGUGAUCGUUGCGUGCCAUCUGAUGGUAGUGUUACCCUGGAGUCGUUCCGUUUGCACAGUGAAGAGGAAGUUCGAGCUCUGGUUAUUGCCUCACCCAAGAAGUACUGUGACUUGGAUCCAAUGCCAAUGCCAUUGGUGAUUGAUUGUCUGGAAUUGUUACUACCUAUAAUUACUCAUCUAGUCAAUAGUUCGCUUAUCAAUGGAUAUUUUCCAACUGAUUGGAAAGAGGCUCUAGUAAAACCCCUUCUAAAAAACCCAGGACUAGCUGCUUUGUUCAACCAUCUGCGUCCGAUCAGUAACUUGCAGUUUAUCUCUAAACUAGUUGAGCGAGCAGUUUAUGAUCAGAUCUAUGACCAUUUGAUGUUGCAUGAUUUAUUCCCGGAGUAUCAGUCCGCAUACAGGCAAGGAUAUAGUACUGAGACCGCCCUUCUGAAGGUCCAAAACGACAUACUUUUGAAUAUAUGGAUUGUCAGCAGGUUACCCUUCUUGUUCUUCUGGACCUUAGUGCAGCGUUCGAUACUGUCGAUCACAGCAUUUUAUUUCACCGAUUGGAAACAUCUUUUGGGAUUACAGGAACUGUGCGAAAGUGGUUUGAAUCCUACCUAUCUGGACGAUGUCAGCGAAUAG